AUGCCAAUUGACCCACACUCCGAGGCAUUGUUUCAAUCCUUACUUGUAAAUGAUGAUUUAACAGGAUACGAAGAUGCAGAAAAGUUUCAAAAAUGGAUCCCAGAAAUAGAAGCAUAUAGGCAGAGAUUAGCAGAUUCCAUACCUCAACAAUUAGCCAUUGAGCUUCCCAAACCUAUUGAUACUUUGAUCGAAGAAGGGUUUGACUCAAUUGAGUACUUGUACGAUGCAAAACUACUUUCGUGUCACGAAUUUGAAAUCACCGAUUCUUCAGGUCCAGUUGUAUACAACAAAAUAGCAUCUGGUGAGUGGACUUCUGUCGAGGUGUUUAAGGCAUUUGCUAAGCGUGCUGUUUUGGCUCAUCAAUUCACCAACUGUGCUGUAGAAUUGUUUCUCGAUGAAGGAUUGAAAAGAGCAAAAGAGUUGGAUGAGUACUACAAUGCUAAUGGCAAAACCAUUGGGCCCUUACACGGUAUACCUAUUUCCUUAAAAGAACAUGUUGCAUUAAAAGGGAGGAUUGGUCAUAUUGGAUGUGUUUCAUUAUUAGACAACAUUAUGGAGAAAGAUUCCGUUACCGCCAAAAUUUUAUAUGACCUUGGUGCCGUAUUUUACAUUCGUACAAAUGAGCCACAAGCUUUAUUACAUUUGGAUUCUGGUAAUAACAUCACUGGCUUUACAAAAUGCCCGUAUAAUUUGUUAUUAUCCAGUGGCGGCUCGUCUUCGGGAGAGGGUGCACUUGUUGCAUUUGGUGGAAGUGUUAUGGGUGUUGGCUCUGAUAUUGGUGGUUCGAUAAGAUCACCUGCUGCAUUCUCUGGAUGUCAUGGUUUCCGACCAACUUCAAGAAGAAUCAGCGGAAGGGGUGUUGUUGGAGGAGAAAGCGGACAAGAAAGUGUUGUUGGAGUUCUCGGUCCUUUAGCAAGAACAAUUGAAGAUAUAAAUCUCUUUAUGAAGGCGUAUAUCAAUAGUGGAGAACCAUGGCAGUUGGAUCCCUGGAGUUUACCGAUGAAAUGGAGAGAUGUUGAAACUCCCAAGGUCUCCAAUUUGAAAAUCGCAGUAGUUAGAGACGAUGGUGUAGUGCGAGUUUCACCACCAAUACGGCGUGGUUUGAAUGAGGUUGUUGCCAAAUUGCAAAAAGCUGGUGCCAAGAUUAUUGAAUUCACACCACCAAAGGCCCAAUUAGCCUAUGAUACCGCAAUGACGUUAUAUAAUGCCGAUGGUAACAAAGAAUUGCGAGAAUUAUUCUCAGCUUCAGGGGAGCCUUUACCAAGACUCACCAAGUGGUAUCUCAACGCAGGAAAGGGUACCAAGGAACACACGGCCUAUGAGAACCGUGAAUUAAACGCAACAAGAGAUAGGCUUAGAGAAGAAUACUCCGAUUUCAUGGUUGAACAUAAAAUCGAUUUCAUAUUAGGUCCAGCUUAUAAUAACGUGGCACCAAAAACGGAACAGGUGUACAACGAGUCAUAUACCAUUCUUUACAAUUUAUUGGAUUUCCCAAGUUUAGUUUUCCAAACAGGGUUGAGACAAGACCCAAAGUUGGAUGUAUGGACAGAAGAAGAUAAAAAACACAAGUAUCGAAGUGGAAUGGAAGAAUUAGAAGAUCGUAGCUAUAAUCCGGAAACAUUUAAAAACGCUCCUAUUGCCUUGCAAUUGAGUGGAAGGCGGUAUUUUGACGAAGAGGUUGUGGCUGGUGGGAAAGCAAUUGUCGAUCUCCUCAAGAUUCAUUCUACAUAG